CGCCUCAGCGAGCGGUAAGGGAGGGCCAAAGCGUGUCACCAAAGCAGAGCGACCCGGUGAAUCGAACAGAACCGCUGACACAAGAAAUUCUGCCGUUUCUGAAGCCGCAGCCCAGCAAGACCCAGCCGCUUCAAAAACCUUGGACGUGGCGAGUUCUAAGCGACACGUAGACGUGCAACCUCGUCUCGGACUGAAUAGCCCCUCAGGCCAGCCUCACUACGCUUUCCCACAAAUCUUCGGCCAAGGUUUCGGUCCACCAGCGCAGGUCGGACCUCCUUUCGAUGUGGACUUCGACCACAGCCGUGCACUGCACCAAGAAGGCCUAGGGCGCCAGGAUCCAGGAAUAAACCAGAACUUCAGUCCGGGACCAAACUUGAACCAAUUUCCAGGGUCUGCUGCGGACGGCACAUCACCAGCGGUACUCGGAGCCGGACCUCAAGGGAAUGGCCCCAAUGCUUUAGGUAAUCGUCCAGACGGGAGUAGCCGCGCCAAGGUGCCGCCCAUCGAGCUGUCGUACGACUCGGACGUUGUGACCAUGGCCGACAUCGAGAGGCUGGGAGAUGCCAAACUGGAGCGCACCGUUCGUGGCUACUACGACAGCGGAGCCGACAGGGAACAGACACUGAGGGAGAACGUGCAGGCUUUCUCCAGGCUCCGCUUCCGACCCCAGGUGCUAGUAGACGUGUCCAAAACAAGCACGGCCACAACUGUGCUCGGCCGGGAGAUAUCAAUGCCGAUUGGCAUAGCACCAUCGGCAAUGCAGAAGAUGGCCCACCCGGUCGGAGAAGUGGGAACCGCUAAAGCGGCCGAGGCGGCAGGUACAGUGAUGAUUCUGAGCACCUUGAGCACCACAUCGAUGGAGGACGUGCGUCGGAGCGCGCCGAACUGCCUGCUGUGGUACCAGCUGUACGUCUACCGGAACCGCUCACUCACGGAAUCGCUGGUCAGGCGUGCUGUCCAGGCGGGAUACUCGGCACUGGUGCUCACCGUCGAUGCCCCCGUGUUCGGACUCAGGGUGGCCGACGUCAAGAACAACUUCAGCCUGCCACCGGGCCUCAAACUGGCCAACCUGGAAGGCUCCCUCUCCGAGCUGUCGUCCAUGUCCAGCUCGGGGCUGACCGAGUACACAAACAAGCUGUUCAGCCCGUCCGUCACGUGGGAGGAUGUGCCCUGGCUUCGAAGAAUCUCGGGUCUUCCCAUCGUCAUCAAGGGCGUCGUGACGCCUGAAGCAGCAAUGUACGCGCAAACGUACGGCGCAGCCGCUAUCUUGGUGUCCAAUCACGGAGGUCGCCAGCUCGACGGAGCACCUGCAACGAUCGAGGCCCUUCCCGAGAUCGUGGCGGCGACUCGGGGUCGCAUGGAGGUCUACAUGGACGGUGGAGUGCGGAGCGGCGCCGACGCGGCGAAAGCGCUCAGCCUGGGCGCACGAGCCGUGUUCGUGGGAAGGCCCGCCCUGUGGGGGCUCUCGUACAACGGCACGGAAGGUGUCGCCAGAAUGCUUGACAUACUGAGAUCCGAGUUUGAGCGAACCAUCGCAUUGCUAGGAUGUCCAGACUCCAACAAACUUACUUCGAGGUACGUCGUCCGAGAAGAGUACUACUCGCAACUCAACUGGCGAAAUUUCCCUCGCCAGGAACUUUGAACAAAUAGGGAAUUUUUCGCGCCGCCUUAGUUUUGAAAAAGAUUUGGAGUGAGUGCAACCCGUGAACUCUCAAAGGUUCAAGUUUGCGAGGUUUGACGUAGGCUCUCCGAUCCACAGAGAUUCACCUCCAAGCCACGCUGACGCUGCGUCGACUGCAAGUUUCACUAUCUUGCAAAAUGGGAAGAUUGAGAGUGUACGAAGAAAUUGUCGCUCAAAUGGUCGCUCAAUUGUGUAGGCUGCAACUACAGAGUCAAUCUUUCGCACCAUAAUUCAAGCGAAACACCGUGUACCAAGGGAGAUACUGGCGAUUAAAGAAAUACUUUCCU